UAUACUAGUUAGUAUCUGUUUCAAUAAGUGAAGAAACAUGGCGGGAUUAAUAUUUGAAGGAGAAACUGAGAGCCUGGCGCCGCGUCAGCAAGAGUUUGUUUCUGGAGUGCUACAGAAAAGAGGGCUCAAAGCUGACAAAGUCACAAUAGCAACACUUGGGAAAGCCGGUGAUAAUUUUGCUGCAAAUGUCAAGAUGAUCAUUGCAAAACUCGAAAAUGGAGGGGAAUUCAAAAUGGUAGCAAAGAUCGCACCCACCAGUGAAAUGUUGCGAGCUACGAUGAGUACUGUUACAGUAUUUGGAAACGAGUCCUUCAUGUACAAUGACGUUCUUCCAAAGUUUCGUGAACUCCAUCGUGCUGCUGGCUUAUCCCCAGAGGAUACUUUCCGGUUUCCUGAAUGUUAUGGUGCUUUAAUGGAACCUUUUAAUGAAAUCAUACUUUUAGAGGAUCUCACAGAAUCAAAUUUCAAAAUGCUCGAUCGAUUUACUCCAUUGACGAAUGAAUGUAUUAAACUGAUCCUCAAAAACUUCGCAAUAUUCCAUUCUUUAUCUUUUGUGUUAAAAAACCAAGAGGUUGACACAUUCGAUUCAUACAAAAAUAGGUUUGGAGACAUUUUUACAAAGAUGUUGGAGAAUAAUGAUACAAAAAUAUUCUUUUCCUCUAUUGAAACUGACACGCUUGCGCUAAUGGAUAGUGACAGAUAUAGAAAUGCAGUGCGUGGUACUGUCUCUAAACUUCUGGAAAUUUCAACAAAAAUAUUCAAAAAUGAACUGACUUCCAGAUAUUCAGUUAUAACACAUGGCGACGCCUGGACUAAUAACGUAAUGUUUCGCAUCGAGGAUAACGUCACAUUGGACGCGGUUUUGAUCGAUUAUCAACUAUGCAAGGUUGUUAGUCCCGUUAAUGACUUACAAUACAUGAUCUUUAAUUGUACGGACUACGGUACAAGACGCAAGCAUUACUACGAAUGGUUAGACUAUUACCAUACGGAAUUAGAUAAUUCUCUAGCAAACUUUGAUCUGAAGGCCAAUUAUGUGUUCCCCAGAGAACAACUUGACGCUGAUCUGCGAAGGCACUCAAGAUUAUAUUUAGCUAUGAUAAUUAUGUCACAGUCAAUGUUAAUAAGAAAGAACGAAGAUGCCGCUCAAAUGAAAGAGGCGAUAAAAAAUUUAAAUUCUGAGGAUGUGGAGAAAAUAUCACAAUCUAUGCAAGUCUCCCAGUUGGACAGUGAAUCUGUUGCUCUUUUCAAAAAGAAGAUUGAAGAUUUGGUGGACAGCUUCCAUGAUUUUGGCUACCUCGAUUGACACGUCUAUAAUUUUAUGUAUUUAAAUUAAAUAAAGUAAAUCUUCUUAUCGAGUGUGUUAAAAAACAUAAUUUGUGACUAUCACUUAAUUUAUGUAUUUUCCACAACUUGCGGGUGUAGUAAUGAAUAAUAUAUAAACUAUAUAAUAAUCCCACUAAUAUUAUAAAGGUGAAAGUUUGUAUGUUCGUUAAUUAUGAAAUUUGAUAUAGUUAGGAGGUAGCUAAUACCUUACGAAAUCCAAACUAUAAACUGUGAACUAAGUUUUUAGGCCUUUCUCAUAGAUAAAUGGAGAUCAUCAUUUAUUUAUGCCAUCGUCUAAUGGCGGCUCCACACUAUCGUCAAA